GUAAGACGUGUGAACAACAAACAGUUGUUGGACAAGCUAGCGAGUGGUAAUAUUACUUCUGCCGGACAGGAAGAUACCUGCGAGACCUGUGCGGUCAGAAUAUGUUUAUAAUCUGUUAAUAAUUAAGAUUAUCAGUACUGGACAUGUGUAGCCUCGGCACGGCUCCUUAGCGCUAACGUUAGCCGCGGAAACAUGCUCCCUACUCGGAGUGUGACGCCUGUUUUUUUCCUGGCUGCUGCUGGUCUAUGGUUGUGAUGCGAGCCGAGUUGCAGCACGACAGAGGGUGAGACAAGAGCUACAGCCGGAAAAAUAUUUGUCUUGACACAGAAGAAUGGACUUUGUAGGGGAGAAACACACGGGCUCACGUAAAGAGGCAGGCAUGCGACCUUACACGGGCCUGGACGUCAUUUUUGGGCAAGAACUUUAGCAAGCUAGCGAACAUUAGCUCGGUCAAAUUCAUGCAAAUAAAUCGGUUUGGUCUCGGACAGUAAGCUGACUUUGCUAGCAUAAUGGAGACUGCAUAAUGGAGUGGCUGGUUCGUUUCAAUUGACUGUCCUGUUCCUUAAAAUACUGCUGGCAAUGUGCUGACGACCGGUGAGCCUUUCUUCGGUUCCCAUUUGGAGCAAUAGGACACGUUUGGCAGAUUUCUUUUAAGUGGUGACCUGGGUGAUAGUUGAGUAAAGUUGUCUAGUUUGGCAUAUAAAUAACUAUUGAAACGGUAUCUAUUUCACACAGGUAUCAUAUUUUUCUUGUUUUAAUAUUUUAAAACAAGAAAGUGACUUUGGCCCAUUUUUAAAGAUGGGCCAAAGUCACUUGUGAUUUGAGGUUUGUGAAAACUAUACUUUAAUUCACCCGCAGUACAGAAAACAAGUGACAAUUCAUUUUAUGAAUGCACUUUAAUAUAAUUUGGUGAAUAAAGGACCAGGAUAGGUGCACAUCUACAUAUAUUGUUGUGAGACAAAGGCCAGAGACAGGCUUAUCCAUGUCAGUUGGUUCCUAGUUACUGUUUAACUCAAUAUCUAGGCUGUCUGGCACAGUUAAAGACCGAGUUUCACUGGAAAUGAAAACAUGAGUAUCGAAGAGCAGUGUUUGGAUUUGUGCAAUGUCAAAACAAAAAGCAAUGUGGAUGAUGAUCACAACACUACCAACAACACAGAAGGGGUCACCCCCCGCAUCUCAGAACUGAUGACGGACAGUAACACAGAAAAACCAAACACUGUUCCCACAGAGGCCUCCGAAACAUAUCUGAUGCCGCAGCUCACUGACAACCUUCAGGCGGCUGAGGAGGAUAACUACCAGUCACAAGACACACUGGCAAUUGACGAGGUCAAUGGAAAUACAAAGUGCAGUGCCCAAGACGCCCCUGCAGUAGUGAAUCAAACUGACUUGAUCUUUUCUAAUGAUGAGCAGCACAAGGACAUUGUUGGGGUGGAGGAAAUGAAGGAUCUUAAGGACAAUGAUACCAAGUGUGUCAUGGACAAAGGGGAUGAUGGUGCGGACAUGGACAUAGGUGUUGAUCUGAGUCUUGACGAGAGCGGGGUGCUGGAGGCUGAGUCGACAAACGUCAGCUCAUUCUCAGACAAAGCUCAGGAUGUCCCAGCUCGUAACUCGGCAGAGAGCCCGCCAAAUAUGAGCCCGACAAGCAGCACAGAAGCUUCUGCCACAGACCAGGCUGGACUGUACCCCUCAGUGGAGGAGGGGGAUGAUAAACCCAAACCAAGUGGCAAAAGGGUGAAGUUUCCCUCAGAUGAGGAUAUUAUCUCUGGAGCAGUAGAGCCCAAGGACCCCUGGAGACAUGCUCAGAAUGUGACGGUGGAGGAGAUCCUCUCUUCCUACAAACAGGCCUGUCAGAAACUCAACUGUAAACCCAUACCCAAAGUGCUCAAACAGAUACAGGAACUGAAGGACCUGACACAGCGAAAUGAAUGCUUAGAUCUAAAAGGUGAGAAGCUGGACUACAAAGCUUGUGAGUCUCUGGAAGAGAUUUUGAAGAGGGUCCAGUUUAAAGUGAUAGACCUGGAGCAGACCAACUUGGAUGAAGAUGGUGCGUCAGCUCUGUUUGACAUGAUUGAGUAUUACGAGUCGGCCACACAUCUCAACAUCUCCUUCAACAAGCACAUCGGCACGCGGGGAUGGCAGGCUGCAGCUCUCAUGAUGAGAAAGACAAGCUCUCUGCAGUAUCUGGAUGCACGUAACACUCCCCUGCUGGACCACUCGGCUCCCUUUGUAGCACGGGCGCUCAGGAUUAGUGGCAGCCUGGCUGUCCUCCACCUGGAGAACUCUAGCCUGUCUGGCAGACCGCUCAUGUUACUGGCUACGGCUCUCAAGAUGAAUAUGAACUUGCGGGAGUUGUACCUGGCAGAUAAUAAGCUCAAUGGCCUGCAGGACUCAGCCCAACUUGGCAACUUGCUCAAGUUCAACUACAACAUACAGAUCCUGGACCUGCGCAACAACCACAUCCUAGACUCUGGUCUGGCCUACGUGUGUGAAGGACUAAAGGAGCAGAGGAAAGGCCUCGUCACUCUGGUGCUAUGGAACAACCAGCUCACACACAAUGGCAUGGGCUACCUCGCUGCUGCACUGCCAUGCACCCAGAGUCUGGAGACUCUGAACCUCGGCCAUAACUCGGUGGGUAACGAAGGCAUCCAUAAGCUGAAAGACGGACUGAUUGGCAACCGUUCUGUGCUCAGACUGGGCCUUGCUUCUACCAAACUGUCAUGCGAAGGAGCUGUGGCCGUGGCUGAGUUCAUCGCCGAGAGCCCCAGACUGCUGCGUCUCGACCUUCGAGAGAAUGAAAUCAAGACUGGCGGACUGAUGGCUCUGUCGCUCGCCCUGAAAGUCAACACCUCUCUGCUGCGUCUCGACCUUGACCGGGAGCCCAAGAAAGAAACUGUGAGCAUGGGGACAAGGCACAGGGAAGGGGAUAAAGGAGAGCAGGUGAAGAGCUUCAUUGAGACACAGCGCGCCCUGCUGGCUGAAAUCCAGAAUGGCUGCAAGAGGAACUUUAUCCUGGCUAAGGAGAAGGAGGAAACAGAGCAGAACAUGAGGCAUUCGGCAUCCAUGGCUGAAAUUGCCACAGAGGACGGGACCAGAGAAGAAGAGGAGGAACCAGCGCCAGAAGAGAAAGGGAACAAAGAGGAGAAAGAGGGAGAGGAAGUGAUAGAAGGUGAAACAACAAGAAAUGAAGCACAGACGAGCAGCCAGUCAGGAGCGAGCUCUGAGAUGAGCGUUCCUCAAGUGAUCCUGGAGUCGGACUCGGACACAGAGGAUGAGGAAGAGGAGGUAGUAACGAAGUCUUCUUCCACGUCAAACUACUCCACUCGCUUAAACCAGACUGCUCCUCAAACCCAGACAGUUGUUGCACAGCCCGUCCUCAGUGCCUCACGUACACCCUCCUCCCCGUCUGCCUCACCUGCUGGUGGGCCAAGUGUCAUAUCCGGCAUCACCGUCAGAGAAUCCGCAGCUCCUUCCGGCACCCCUCCAUCUCCUGGUCGCUGUAUAUCUGUCUCUAGUCCAGGGAGGGGUCAUAAGAUCUUCAUGGUAACUCGAGUGGAGAGCCCCCCUGAGCAGCAGCAGCUACAGUUUCAGAUAAAUGCACCUGCAGCUCCCAGCCAGGUUAAAGAGGUCUCAAAGAAGCCUGUAGUCGCACCCACAACACAGCAGACACAGACGCUGCCCUCAUCUCUAACACCUACGCAAACACAACAGGAGGACAUGAAGGAGUGCUCACCUGUUCCGUCAACAGACUGUAAACUGGCAGAGCAAAGUCCUGUAGCACACGUAGAGUCUGCACCAAAUACUACACAGACCCACAUACUUGAGCCACAGCCUACAAGUCAACCCACAGAAGAUGUAACAGCUAGCACUUUAGACCAGACAGAAGCGACAGAUCCAAGUCAACAAGCACCAGCUCUGCCUUCAGAUUCCUCAUCAGUGCAGGCUACGGCAUCUUCGCUCACUGACGAGGUAACAGAUAGCACUGAAAGCCCACAAUCUGCACCAACUUGUGUAGAAGGGAAGAAGGAAGGAGAGGAGGAAGGUCUUAUAAAAGAUGAGGGACGGGUGAUGUCCCCUGAUAGCACGGAAGGAGAGUGUAAACAGUUAGAUGAACUGAGGCAAACCCAGACUAGUAUCACUGCAGCAGAAACGCAGCAGAAGCCACGAACGUCUAACCUUGAACAGCUGCAGAAUGACCUAGCAUGUGCAUCAGAGGAGACCCAGGCACUGAACCAAAACGAGGAAGAAGAAAAAGAGGAGGAGGAGUCACUUCCACCACAGGAGAAGCAAGACACACCAGCUAACUUGUCAGAAGAUGAAAAACCCAGUUUAACAGAGAAAGAAUACAGCCAGCAAACCCAAGAGGAACCAUGUCCAAAGCAGCAAACAGAGGCAGAUGAACAGGAAGUAGAGCCUGUUCUCGCUGUCCAGACUGAUCAACAAGCACCAUCUGUCACUCAGGGUGGAGCUCUGGACUCAAAUCCUCCAGAAACUUCAAAGAGUCCAGAGCCUGCCUCCACUGGGUCUGUGUCCCCGGUCGAGGGGGAGGAUUCACCGGAUGAGAGCUCCGCAGACGAGGACGAGUGUUUUGCUGAGGCUCCGGAGGAGGUGGCCAGUUCAGCUCUUCCCAACGGCCUGAAGCCCGAGUUCUCCCUCCAUCUUCUCGAAGCUGAAAUCCCCAAGCCUGGUAGCUGUGUGAUGGAGCAUGUGAGCGUCAGCUGUGGACAAGACCUGGAGGAGCUGCUGCUAGAAGCCAGUUUGGAGACGGGGAGAGAAGCACCAUGAGGCUGUAAGGGACUGAUGACCGGAGAAAACGACACCCAGAGACUUUGUCUGGCUCUACUACAUGACUGGUUGCUCUAUGUUUUCGUCUUUUCUUUAUCUUUACCACCAACACAACUUUUUUUCAUAAAGGACAGAAGACCCGAUGUUACAGUUGAAGCUCUACAAGAAAAUACAAGGAAAUUAAGGAAAAACACAAAAAGGACAUCAACGUCUCGAGCUUGGCUGUGACAAAGAAUCUAUAUCCACACUACAUCAACCACUGAAUCACACAUACACAUGCACAUUGUGAGGAAGAAAGGGGAAAAAUAAAAUCACCCUGUUAUCACUACAUUUUGUCAAUCUGCGAUCUUUACAAACAAGCAGCCGCCUGUGAGUGGGAAAGAAGUGAGACGGGACAAAGGAGGGAGGAUAAAACACUAACCAAAGACGGAACACAGACUUCUCACGGCCCUACCUUUUCUCUUGUGUAGAUUUCCACUGUAGUUUCGGGAAAUAUCUAGAAGUUGAAGUUUUUGUCACAACACACACACACAAAGACAUGACGCUGAUAAUGAGAAAUGUGGGGUUGAUGGUACGGACCUGCUAGCUUUAAACACUUGUACUAGAGGUGGAAGGAGGUCACCGUCAAAGGCUUUUAUAUCCAAGGAAGCUGAAGAUGAUUACAAGUCUGUUUAAAUGUCAAGUUUUAUGUCUGCGUCUCCACACCCGACCAUUCUCCUCCUUCAGACACAAAAAAAAAACCUCUUAAGGGACCUCUGCCCGAGUGACUUCUCCCUCGUCUGUUUCUCAUCCUCUGCUCACAUUGGCCCCUCAGGAAUUGGCGUCCCCCCUCCGGUCAGUCUCCUCAGAUAUGAUGCGGAGGAGCCGCAACUGUCUCUCCCGCCUGUCUCCGCAACAACAACAAAAAAAUUUUAAAUCACUUUUGAAAGUCACAAAGUCAGAAGUUUGCUCCCAGCUGAAAAACUAAACUCCUGCUAAGUGUUGGAAAGCUAGAUGAUUCUGCUUUUUUGAGUUAUUUACAGUAAAACAAUCUUUAUUUUCCUCGACUCUAUUAUUGCUUUUGUUUGACCGUUUUUUUGUUGUGUUUCAAGAAAAGCAGCUCGGUCUCUGUCAUCAUCUCCCCUCUCCUUCCUCCUUUCCCUCUGUCUUCCACCGGUACUUUGUGCCAUCUCACCUCUCUGGCUCAUUAUUCAUGUUGCCUUCAACCUCACCACUUCAGAUUCAGUCUUUGUUUAGUUUUUUUGGCUGCUUUGAGAAAUCAGUAAUUUUGUAUUUAUUUUAUGGUUAUAUGAGCCUUCUGAUUUUUUUCCCGUUUUCUUCUUCACUCUCCUCAUUUUAUCGUUUCUUUUCCAUUUGGGGGUGAAUUUUUAAAGAUUAACCCCAUUUUUGAUGUAUAUUUCAGAUUCAAACUAGAGCAGAUAUUUAGUUUUUGUUUAGUUUUUUUUUUGGGGGGGGGGUAAUUUGUGUUGGAAGAAAAGGUAUAUAUUAUUGAUUGGUUGACUGGUGGCAGUCUGGGUGCAGUAAUGAAAGCAAACACAAGGAAGCAGCAAACAUAAUAGUUCACAUCGAAAAGUCCUUGUUGUUGUUUUAACACUAGUCUGCUGGGUGAAGCUGUUGCCACAAGGGGGAGCUAGUGGUUGUGUUUUCCUACAGUGGCGACUGUACUAAAGGAUGUCACAGUCUGAACAGCAUCAACAGAUGUCUCUAUUCAUAUCCAGCUCCUGUCCUGAAUUUUCCAGGAGGAGGGAGUAAAACUUUACAUGAGAUGUCAGCUGCAUGUAUGUUGCAUUCAACCCUCCUGCUCCUCUCCACCCAACAGAUAGUUUGCCCCCACUGUUUGUUAUGCUUUAAUUUUUAGAGAUUUUUAAUAAUUUGUUAACUUAAUUGAAAUGUGCUGGUAAUCACAAAGAUCUGUAUGGCGAAAUUUGUUCCUCUCAAAUAAAUGCAUGUAAUGACUAAUAUGAGUGAACGUUUCAAUGAAAUUUCUCUGUUUUGGACUAACAGGAAGAAAUGUGUUCAGAUCACGUUUGUUUGAGAUUUUUGGUUACAGCUGGUGACUCUUUUUCAGAUGUGUGACCUUUUGAAACCUCUUAUGAAAAUGUUUAAUUUGAUUAGAGACUAGCUGUGCAGAGUUGUUAUGUCACUAUGAAAGCUGUACUGGUUAAUGGAUACAAUAUUAAAAGGUGCAGUCCCUAUAAAAGUAGGCUUUUAUUUUCACUUUCUGUUGAUCAGUACCAAAAAAGUAAUUACAUCCGUUAUGAUUCAGUGUUGUCUAACAAAGUCCAGGGAGGUUUGAAUACUUGUUACAGCCACUAUCUGAGUGAGUGAUAGAGUGGCUGUGCAAAAUGACAAUCACAUUUUGUUAUAGUGAGACAUCAGGCAGGUAGAUUAUGUGUUGGCACUAAUGUACAGCCCUUCACAGGGGCCUUAAACCAAACCUGGCACUGGUUCCCAGCCUGUGAAUAUAAAAGCAGAAAGUUGUUUUUAUUGCCCAAAAUUACAUUUUCUGGCAUUUUUCCAACCUUUGCUUUGUUUUCUUGUAAUAAGGUUUUAGGUGUUUCAGGCCUUUUGACCACUAUACAAAAAUACAACUAAGACCAAGAGUCUACAGCCAUGCUAGCAGCUUGUUGAGGCUGUUUUUAUGCUGUGUGCACGUCAUAUGGGAUGGAUAGUAGAGAUGGGAGAUUCCCAUUGCUUUCACAUUAUCAACAUGGUUGUAUGAUUACAGAGUUGGUCAUGUGAGGAUUAAAAUACUUUGUAUUGACGAUGUAACACCAUAACCAUUUGGGUUUAAUUACACUGAAUAGUAUUUCGCUGAUGUAAGGCGUCCAUAUUAGUUUGGUUUUCAGGUACUCCUGUAAUAUUAAGCAUCAAGUCAUAAAUUCCGUAGCUUCUGAAAAGUCCAAGUUUCCCAGUUGAAAUUACAAUUUGGAAGUUUGUGAACAGUAUUUAUGAGUAUUUUUCUAUCCAUCUGUCUCUCAUCUUUUCCUGUAAUACAAAAAUAAUCCUCUUGAACUUAGGGGUGGUUACAUAUAUUUUUACAAUAUAAUGUGAUUUGGGGUGAUUAGAUAAUCCCACCCAUCAUAUAAAACUGCACUUUACAAUUAGCUCAUGUGGGUAGCUAGCAGAGUCUUAUCAUAGAAAGAGAUGUUUGGAUUUCAGAUGGCACAACCUUUUUUUUCACAUUUCCAAAGAAUGUGGUUGAGAUCUAAUUUGUCCAUUUAGCCCAAAUGGAGAAAACCUACUGGAAGUGAACAAAUAGUGCAACAUCGUUUUCGCCACUUUCUGCUCGUCAUGGUGAGCAUUUCAGAGCUCGCAAGCUAGCUGUGAAUGGUGUGAUAAGCAACCUGCUCUUUGUCCUACAAUUUAUGUGGUGUUGUGUUAAGCAGAACUUUGUUUUCUGUAAUCUUGGAUGCCAGGACAUAGAUAAGAGGACAAUAAUCUUUCCCAUCACAGACAUUAAUCCACAGCAGAUAAAGACUAAACCUCCUGACCCACCAAGGCAUUUUUUGUUGUCAAUUGUUUGGUAGCAGUUUUGAGGUUUGGUGCCUUGCUCAAGGGCACCCCUGGACCUACCAGUCCACACUCCCUAUUGUGGUCCUUGCUGGACUAGCCACCCUCCUGUUUUUAAGCCAUGUCCCUACAGACUAAGCUACACAAAGAAAAUUAAUGGGGGUAAACUUUGUGUUGUGUUCACCCUCAUGGCACAGUCUGACCAAAAUUUGCUUUCAGUUUAUUUCUAUGUGAAACGGGAUGAGACAUAGUUGCAAUUUGACCCACCUUCAUGCUUCACGCAGAGUUUAGUCUGAUUGAACUCAGGCAGUAGUUUUCAAUGGUUCCAAGUGCUCUUAAGGUUAGGUGUCCCACAAGGAUGUAUUCUAGGUCCUCUUUUAUUCACCAUAUACAUAAACAAUAUUAUCUCCAUUCCAAAUUGUAAUGUAGAUUUUUAUGAUUAUAUUAUUUUUAUGCCACAUCUGGCCAAUGCAAAUCUACAGUCUGAUUUUGAUACAUUUCAAUGUUUUAAAUUCUGACUAAACAAAAUGUAUGCUAUUUUCAAGGUCAGUUUAAGAGUAUCCACCCUACUGUAUCUGUACCCUUCAGGGUUCUCAGUUUGAAAUUGUUGAGUCAUACUUGUUAAUCUGACUUGACAUUAGACUCACUUUUUAGACCUAUGUGAAACACCUGACAAGCAAACUGAAAAUCAGGUUUUUGUAUAGAGUCAGAUCAAUCUGUGAAUUCUUUUGUUUCUGUCCAUAUUUAAACUGUAUAUGUUUAUUCUUGUUCACAGGGCUCUAUUUAAAGAGAUCAUGUUUCACCUGUUUAAAUAAAGCUAACGCACUCACAAUGAUAAUGCUAACAUGCUGAUGUACUGCAGGUAUAAUGUUCAUCUUAGUUAAUGUUUAGAUUUGCAAAAUAGCCCUAAAAAAACUACAACAGAGGCUGAUGGGGAUGCCAUUUGUUUUCUGCCCUGAUGAUGGAGCUAGAGGAAAAGUCAGGGGAUAAAAGUCCAUUAAGUGCCAUUAAUCCUGAUGGGAACAUGAAUGACUGAUCCAAUUUCAUGGCAUUCCCUCCGAUAGUUGUUGAAAUAUUCAGUCUGGACCAAAGUGGUGGACCAAUCAGCAUUGCCACAGAGCCAUGCCGCUAGCACGGCAAAAAAAAUGAUGUGCUAAAUAUUCAAAAGCAACACCUCUUUCCAAGAAGUGCACCCCUUACUCUAGAACGCUGGUUCCCAGUCUGCGGGUCGGGUCCCUACAAAGGAUCACAAGUUAAAUCUGAGGAUAAGAGAAGCAGAAAAACAUGUUUCUGCUAACCAAAAUUAUGUUGAAGUUCUUCUAAGCUUCGCUUUUGUUUCUUGGGAUAAUUUUCGAUAAUUGUAUCCGUUUCAUGCCCUUUAAAAGUAUUUCAGUAAAACCCCUCACACCCUGACACGUUGUUCACGUUUCCUGUAGUGAGGGUGUGUAGCGGUGGCACAGGGUUGAGUACAGGGUGGGAGCUCUGCUCAGUAUGUGUUACUGAAAUUCUCCUCUUAAGGAAUUCCAGGCUGCACUAAUCCACUCCCGCCCAAUAAUGCUCCAACAGUACAGGGUGGAGAGUUUUGAGACAGUCAGAUGUUAUUAAAUGUGUUUUUAAUUACCCUACAACACUUACAAACUACCACGAGUCAAUAGUCUCUAACACAGGGUCCUUUUCGUUUGUUCAACUGCAAAUCCUUUAUCUGUAAUCUAAAUCACUGGUUUGUAAACUUUCAUGUUAUGAUCCCUCAAAAUAAAACAUUGUCUACUCAGGCAACCCCAUCUCCUUGGAACAACUCAUACAUAUAUAUACUACUAAUUUGUUUUGUCAGAACAUUUCCCUUAAUUUCUAAUUGACUCAGGACAGCUACUCACUUGUUCAAUAUGUCAGUGAGCUGUGAGCAAUUUUCAGAUGGUUACAUAUUAAUAUUUUUAGGAGAUAGAUUUAUAACUAAAUUGAACAAUACUUUCUCGUGCAGCAGAAUUGUUUAGCCAUUUUUCCUAUCCUGUUAUUUUAUAACUUUGCUUUCUUGCCAAGAGUUUGAUGAGAAGAUCGAUACCACUUUCAUAGCUGUACGUUAAAUAUAAAGCUACUGCCAGCAACCGCUUAGCUUAGCUUAAAGACUGACUGUUUGCCUGGCAAUUUCACAUUGAAAACAAAACACUGUAAAAAGACAACCUGUUGUUUUCACAUUUCAGUUUCAGGCACGGAUUAAACAAUUAUUGAUCUUUAGAGGCGCUGGCUUUUUUACUGUUUGACAGAGCCAGGCUAGCUGUUUCCCCCUGUUUCCAGUAUUUAUGCUAAACUAACCAUCUGCUGGUGGUAUCUUAAUUUUUAGUGUACAGAUAUGAGAGAGGUAUUGAUCUUCUUAUCAAACUCUCUGCAAGACAAGUAUGUGUAUUUCCCAAAAUGACAAACUAAUCCUUGAAUCGUCUCAUGGCCCGAGUUUUAGCCUGUGGCUCCUUUAAAGGGUCCUGCCUCCCAGGUUGGGAACCACUUAAAUGCAUGUGGGGCUUAAAUGCAUGCAAUCCUAUUGUUGAAUAUAUGUUUUUAAACAUUGUCUAUGAUCCAAGCCUUGUAACUAUUUAGUUUCCUUUAAUACAUUUAAUUUUUCAUUCAUUUUGUAUUCAAGAUUAAAGAAAAAAACAUGAAUGCUCGGAAAUAUUUGCCCUUUUCCUCCCCAACCCUCCCUUUCCAUGCGCUACACUAUGUGUUUCAUUUUUUUAUCCUCAACCGCAACCUACACAUAACACACAGUAUCACCACCUCCAGAAAAUGUAAUAUAAGGUGACUUUCAUUUGUUACUCAGAUUUUAUUACGCUCUUUCUUUAUGGUUAGAUUUUUUUUCCUCCGGAAAAAAUGGUAGUGUGUUUGGAGCAAAGGUUAUUGUUAACCAUUAAAACUGUUGUUGAUGUUGUGCAAUCCCCCAGUCAAGCACACACAAAACAUCCAUACUGUCAAAGUGUCUGUCUCAUAUCACAGUGCAUUUUAAUAAUUCCUGUUUCUGAAUCAAGGCCUGUCUUCACACACACAAACCUGCCAUACAGUGAUUGUAGUUUGCUGUUGCUCUGUGUAGUUCUCAGUGAGUCUGGAUUUCUGGUUGAAAUAAAACAUUUCUUAAUGUUC